CGGCCGGGAGCAGAUCGCGCGCCGCCCCAGCCCUGCGUGCCGCCGUCGAGCCCGCUGGCUGAUUGACAUUAAGCGCAGAGGCACCGAGGCAGGUAGCGAGCGGGGCCGAGCGGCGAGCUCAGUCGCACUCCGCCCGUCGCCCGAGCGGCCGCGUCACCGUCGCGGAGGCACGUAAACCGGCUCGCAUGCCGGAAAACCAGUCGGCGGGAUGGCGAGUCACGGCGCGCUAGGUACGCCAUGUUGAAACAUGCCCAGCGGCCGCCGGCGGCGAACGAUGCCGACCACCGCUACCAGAACAUGCCGCGGCGGCCGCACCAUCACCUCCCGCUCAACGUGUCCACGCUCGACUCGUCCAAGCACUCGGUCGGGGGCACGUCGGCCAGCGUGAGCCCCGGCGCUCAGCCUCCGCCCGCCAACCCAGUGCAGGUGCCGCCGAUCGCCGUCUCCUCACCUCCAAAGAUUGCGAACGGCACGGCGACAGGGCUGCCGCCGCCGCGACCUUCGACAACGAGGAACCGGAGUACUAGGGCGGCCACUGAGGAGGCGCUCACGUCUCUCGCCUUGCUAUGCCUCGUGAGCCUGCUCCUGGCGCUGCUAGCGCUGCUGUUUCUGUUGAAGAUCUCGGCGCCGGCGACCAGCGCGCCCGAGGAGUUUGCAGUGGUGUACGAAGUGACACUAGCGUUGUGCGCGUUGACACUGUCGUUGAACUUAUGCUGUCUUCUAGUGUGUGCAAUACAGUUCCUGUUCGCUGUAAAGUUGGUCCAUUCACCAUCCGCGCCGAACGGACGAUCAAACAAAUAUCUUCAGAAGUCAGCCAUAACAAGGGUGUGCGCCAUCGGAGGCUUCUUCAUAUCUAUACCAGUGUUCUUAACAGGCAUAAUACUCUACACAUUCAUCCAGUUCCACUCAACGCCAGCGAUAGUCACGUCAGUGUUUAUCGGAGUCGGGAUCAUAUUCUGCGGGUGCGCAAUGGUUCACAACGUUUUCGUAUGGCAGAAAGAGAAGACGAACUUAGUAAAGGCGAUACGAACGCAAGAACUAAACGCAUCUACAGCGACGUCACCCAACAUGAACACGUCGAAUGGUGUCAUUAUGGGAAACGGCCAUUUAAAUAAUACUGGGAUGGGAAAUCUGAGUUUCCAUAGUAUGACCGGAGCGCCGUAUACGCAUCCCAUGACGCUGCUACAGCAAGGCGGCCCGUAUAUUAUUAGACCUCCCACAAGCACGCCGCCAGGGGAGGGCGCUGCGACGCCGGGCGUCCCGCCGGCCACCGUGGACCUCAGCCACGACACGCACGAGCUCAGCACCCUCGUCUGAUCCGCGACGUGUUAAUCAGCUCGUCUCCAAGACACCAUUGCGUCUGCCUCUAAAAGGAUCGGCAGAGAUACACGUUAUGAUUGCUAACGAUUCUCUCACGUCAUGCUAACCUGAUUAUCAAGUUCUUACAGUAAUACAUUGCGCUAGAACUUCGAGACGCGUUUACGCUAGCGGCAAUUUUUCAGUAAUUCUAUACACAUUAGACUCGCUGCAAGCCUUUUAAAAAUUGCUUGCGGAAGUCGAGUUCUGCAAGUUUUCCUCGCUUAAUAAUUGAUAGACAACUUUUAGAAUGUCUGUUUCCUGCAAGAGUCCGGCAAGGGAACAAAGUAUGCACUGAUUGCUAUCGGUUUUCCAUAAUAAAGCAUAAUUGUCAUCUUGGACAUAGAUAGAACACAAUUGAAAUAGAAAUCAAGGUCCUUACAAACUGUUGCUCAGCUUGGAAAUCGCCCGAUUUCCGGAUAACGAUUACAGCAUUCGGAGUUUAAAAUUCGAAUCUACCAAUGAGACGUGAGAGCGAGUUGCAUGAAUAAAAUGAGGCCUUUUGAUUGGCAGAUGUUCGCAAUAAAAUGCACCGACCGUUAGUGUUCCAUAUUUAAAUUAGUGGUGUCUAUGGAAGAUGAUCUUUGUAUAGACUGUAAUGUGCCUUGUUCAGUUUAGAAUAUUUAUUUAGAUAUAAAUUGUUUUCUGGUCAAGCGUACUUUUAGUGGUAAUUAUUGUGUGUUGGUAUAAUAAAAAUAGUUGCAACAUCAAACGCAGUAAAUAAAAGUGAAUUAUGUAUGUAAGAAGUAAAUUCGCCAAGAGUGAAGUUAGUUGCAAGUCCGGUUAAACCGUCUGUCAUGUUAACAAGUUCGCAAAUAAAUUGUGAAUAUUUAUAUUGGUACAAACUAAACUACGAUUGGAAACCUGUCCAAAUGUUUAAUUCUAGCUACACGUGAGAAUUAUUUAUAGCAUGACUGGGAUAAUAAAAUGCCCCACCAUGUGGUAAAUACGGAAAAAAUAUAUUGUACCUAGUGACAAAGUCGACUUAAAACUUUAGACUUAUUCCCAUUAAUAAUGAUUCAUUGUCUUGUUUAAAAUGUCCACGUGACAAAAUGUCACAGCGUCCUUAGAUAUUAAUACAAAAAUAACAUAUUUACAGAAAAUAUGAUAAUAGAUUGGGUAACCAUCGCAUGAGCGCAAAAUUAUUGUAUUUCCCAAUGUCCGCUCUAUAUAAUCUUACAACUCUUUGUUAUGAAUUAUUUUCGUUUAACGACCAUUUUGAUAAGCCAUUCCAAUUUUAAUAUUAGAUCCAAUCCCGAACAUAAACCAAUCAAGACAAUUCAUUUUUAAACAUGUCAAAAAUAACCUAUUCUGAUUGGCCCAUUAUUUUGUAUUGCCGUUGCUUUAUUCACCGUUCAAAUCAUAGACAAUAUUCAAAAUUAGUCUAUGUCUUUUCCUACUUUGAUAUUGGAAAAAUCAUUGUUUGAUAAUGGAGCCACAACCUAAAAAUAGAAUUGAUUGACCUAUGGAUUGAAGGGAUUGGGAUGGUUUAUUAAAAAUGGCGGUAAAUCAGCUAUAAAGGCUUUACUUUAAAUUAUUUUGUUCUUUUGUAUAUUGUGGUAACUGUACAUAUUGUUUUCUAGGUUACUUUUAACGCCUGAAAUAAUUGCCAUGUUUUUAUUAUUAAGUUAUUGUAUUUUCAAUGUUAUGUAGCGUUAGAAAUUCAGUUUAAAGCGUAAUUGAAAGCAAACUUCGAUCCUCAAAAUUAUUUACUUUGACAGAUCGUAUGGUCAGCAAAAAAGACGAUUUUUUCCUGUUUGAAUGUAUUACAGAAUCUUUAGUUGAAUAUUUAUUUAUCUUUUACUGCAAGCCAUUCUAUUCUUGUUUAAAGAUUAAGAAAGCAUUUAUAUCUUCAUGAACAUAUUUUUCAAUGUUGACAGCUUGUUAUAAAAAAAAAACACAAAUGUUCCACAUAUUUGAUUAAUUUAUUGAUCCUUAUUUUUUAAAUAUACCUUUUACAUCGAUAGCACGAAGGAAAUUCGGCAUUGGUUGAGAAUAAGUUACAUAGACAAUUCUAUCUAUAGCCCUGUAUACGACUGUUUCGCUGCUGGGCAUAAGCCUCCUCUAAUGGGGGUUACAUUUAAUCCAAUAUGCAUAGUAACUAAAUCUAUAUUACCUUCGUUACUGCAGAUUUUAAUAAACGUCCCUUUUAUCGAUCGAUUACGAAUUUCGACUAUUCAGAAUAUUUUUGCUUUAUAAAUGCUUACAAAAUACCGGUUAGUUUCUCUUCGGAAUCCAAUCGAAGAUUGGGUUCGUUUAUUAAAACAGCUGUUAGAGGACACAUUUAUAUACUGAUCCAAAUGCAUUGGAAUCCACAUAUGAUUAUUCUACAUAUUGUUAAAAUGAAAUUGCCACACUGCCACUGCACAUUAGUAUAACGUAAACCAAGUGUGCACGUAGCAGCAGGCAUGAACUUUAGCCAGCAUCCUAACGCUGUUUUUAGAACAUAAAGA